UGGAGAGCUUCUAUAUAAAAUAUGGCAGCUUCAUUCCUCUUAGUGAAUCUGAUGUCCUGGAGCAUCUGAAAAAGAAAGGCAUCUCUGACUUCAAAAACAGGUCCAUUUUUUUAACAGCUUUUUCUACAAGCAGCUGGUCGCCAAAGGUUAUGAGGGUGUGAAGAGAUGGACUAAAAAAGCUGACUUGUUCUCCAAAUGGUUGCUGUUGAUCCCAAUUCAUUUAGAAAUCCACUGGUCUCUUAUCACAGUAACCAUGGCGACCAAAACCAUCAGCUACUAUGACAGCCAAGGCAUCGUCUUCAGGCACACCACAGAUAACAUUAUGAAGUACCUUCAGUCUGAAGCCAGAGAGAAAAAGCAGGCAGCUUUCCAGAAAGGCUGGAAGAUUACCAUCAUCAAGGGCAUUCCACAGCAGAAGAACGACAGCGAUUGUGGAGUUUUUGUCCUUGAGUACUGCCGCUGCCUGUCAUUGAAGCAGCCUCUGCUGUUCAGCCAGGAUGACAUGCCUCGCAUUCGAAAGCGAAUCUACAAGGAGCUCUGUGACUGUCAUCUAAACAACUGAACAGCCGUCCCCUUGUGCUCGUCUGGUUCCGUGAGAUGGUCUGUCCAAGUUAUUCCCACGUCGUCUUUGACUGACAGUCGGUUAUAUGAGCUAACGCAGCUUGGCCAUCUGUAUUUCAGGGAGUGCUAACUGCCGUCUGCCUUUCUGACUGACAGCAGCGCGGCCGUCACUAGAGACUUGGGAGUUCAGAUGGUAUUCUGUAGCUUAGCUGAAUAUUUCUUGCAAAGAACUGCUGAAGUGGCCCCCUACUGACCCUUAAAAAUGUUGGACUCUCACAUUAUUUGCGGUCCGCUGUAAAGACUUAGCACCCACACACUUCAGGUCUGUUUUCUGCAUUUACCACAAUGAGAGGAUUUUUAAAAGAUCGACUGAACAACGGAGCUCUGACUGACUGAAGAAACUGUUACACCAUCAUGCAUCACUUGGAUGGACCUUUUAUCCCCAACAGUGGCCUUACCGCUUCCAAGAUGGCCAUUUUAACCAGAACUUAGCAGUUUUUAUUUAGUGCUGGACUUUUAAGUGAAGCUGUAGUACACGUAACAGUUAUUAAAUGCAUGUUUCCAUAACAUGCUUCAAAAACGUAUAUUUUCCUUCGAACAGUUGGAACAGAUGUUCGCCUAAGACUUGAAGAGUCCUGAUUAAGUUAAUUCUUGCACGGUUACAGGCCUAUCCAGUGAAGUUCAGACCACAAGCUGGUUGUUCUUAUUUAGUUUUAGUUUUCUAUUUGUUGCACACGCUAAAGGCUUCAACGCUGGGAUCGUAUUUCUGUUUCCAGCUCUGAAGUUCCAUUUGAAUCCGAUUUAUUUUCUGUCACCACAUCAUCACAGUAGGUUCUGAACAAAGGCUUGUCAUUUUUGUUCCCUCAUAACUCCCAUCUGAUGUCUUUUCAGGGUCACCUUGUAAGUAAAGCAUGUUGCAAAAGGAAAUAUCCCACAUGAGUCUAUUUUUUUAUCAUGCCGGUUAGUAAAUUUCACCUUAAACUUUACAUCUGGCUGCUGAUUCAAGGACCAUCGUGUUUUACUCGUUCCAAGAUGUUCCUCUGGCUUUAUAGAAAUGUGUGGCCUGUAAGCAGACAUGGAUUUCAGCUUUUUUUUAUUUUUUUAUUAAAAGCAUCUGUCCAACCUGA